AGGCAGAACUAUCUUGAGACGACGUUUUUUCCCCUUAAUUCAUCUGCCACCACCCAAUUUUUUUUCUGUUUCGUUUUUCGCAAAAAUCGGGAUAGAAUUAAAGAAGACGGUUUUUUCUCUCAAAAAGCUCAUUUACGGUCUCUUGGACUACGAGGCAUAUCCUGCCUCGUAGUUUUUUUUUGAAAAAGAAUAUCAAAAAAUACAAAUUGCAAGAAAGGCCCGCACUAAAUUGCAAAGCCCGAAGAUCAUCUCAAAAGAGCAGUAGCAGCUUUCCGGCAUAUCCUGUUCGCUUAAAAUUCCCCCAGACAAGUCAAAGUUUAAACAGUCAAAGUUUAAACCAUCACACCUCCACUCCUCUUCGUGCGCAAGAAAGACACACGAAAAUGGCUUCCUUCAAGUCUAUACCGGUGAUUACGCCCUACACCUACAGUUCGAACAUGGGUCCGGGCAGCGAGCACGGGGGUCCCUUUUACCCGCUCGGGCAGCAGUACCACCAGCCUGACAUGCUGGCCGACCAGCUGAAGAAGGAGCGAAAUCCCCCGCGAGCGGUGAUCACGGGCGUGAACACGGACUUCAAGCUGGACUCCUCUCGCCGGCUGCGGUGGAACGACCCAAAGUCCGGGGUCGUCGACCAGUGUACCAUGUACACCUACGGGCAGCCGGACUCUCACCGCUCCUGCCUAUGCAUUGCAAAUAUCGAUCUGGGUCUGGAAGGUCGUUGCAAAUUGUCAUGCUAGUACGGUUGGAUCGUGCAAAAUAAAAAUUUCAAUUUGUGUUGCAUGGCUACCAAAAGUAGUUCGUUGUCCACUUUUAUUAAACAAGUUUAGAGGCAGCUUAUUCAUCUCAUGCAGGGGAGGCAUGAUAGAGAUCUCACAGAAUCUUCUGUCAUGCUCAUGGGCCAUGAAAUAAAACCAGCAUGACCACAAGUCUCGCUAUUCUCCAGAAGAUCCAGACAUAUAUUUGCAGUUGAUACUGCGUCACCAGCUACAACAAGGACGGCCUCACGAUGAACUCCUUGUCCCACUACAACAAGGUCGGCGCCAAACACCUGCAAGCCCAGUCGCGGUCCAGUCUAUCAAAAGUAAAAAUGUCUGGGUCCUCUGGGAACUUGUGAUGCUGGGUAGCGUCUCAUGAUGAGGCUACAAAUGCUGGCUCAGCAUGACAAGUUUCUGAGCUCCUCGGUGUUGCCUAUUCUGCAUGACAAACUGCGUAGUUUCUGCAUCACGGAAAAGCGGAGCUGCUCUUGGGUAACGUGCAUGACAGAUCAUUUAAGAGUCAUGCCAGACAAGCAUGACAAACAUGAACAAUUCUUCCAGACCCACACAUUUUUACUUUUGAUACCGUCCCAUCCACUCCUACUUCAGCGAACCGAGAAGAAAGGUGCCGGACAUCGGAACCAAGGUGUGGGAUAACUUCGGCAUCGACGGCCACAUGAAGGCAACGUCAGAGGAGAUCGGCAACUGGUCGCCGUUGUGGUACUUGAUAGUGUGAAUGAAAUUCUCAACUUCUUAUUUCGGCGUGCUUUAAAUUUGAUAUUGUUUCCUCUGCGCUUGCUUUCUCUUCCAAACGAAAAACGUUGUUGAUCCGCAACUUGAUAGUUGCCCUCGGUAUUAGUGCACUUGAAGAAGUUGUCGCAAAAUCGUUUAUUGAGACGGCGAUCCUCGGCCUCGGGCUAAAGCUAAUCCUGAAGAAGUUCUUACAGGGUUCUCAUGCGAGAAUCUGUUGAAAAAAAAUAACCACCAGGUACCGCGCCGUGAACGACAUGAACGUGUAUGCCAACCUGCGACCGGACACCAUGAAAGCCCUCGGUCUCGAAUACGAGGAGCCGGGCGUCAGAUACGGCAUGAUCAACGGGGAGUUUCUUCCCAAGGUCGAAAAAGUGAACGAUUCCGCGCGAAGUUCGGCGUGGAGCGAGAACCACAAGUACGUGGGGUAUCCCAAAGAACCCUCCAUGCAGGCCCGGGCCUACUACGGCAACGACGCGCGGACCAGCUUCGCCUUGGCCGACGUCCAGAAGUACAUGUCACCGCUAUGCCACUGCAAACCAAUUUGUCAGUCGUGUUUGGGUCGGGAUUAUUUCUGGUCAUGCGAGUUUAUGUAAAAGUACUACAGAAACUUCAACAGGAUCUUUAUCUUUUGUGAUGGUACGAACAUAGAUAGGACAAGGAGCAUUUUUGAGGGUUAUUUCUUCUUGUUUUCUCAUGCUGGGCGUUGUACCAAUUGCAAUAAUUUUCCAGACGACAUAAAGAUACCCCUGAAGUUGUAGUUGUCAAAACAAUCGCAAACUUGUCAUGCGGUCGUGGACCACAGAAAGCCUUUGAAUAUUUCCACUCUGAAUAGCUUGUGCACAGCAACACAACUAGAACUACGCUGCAUCCUUUACCCAGACCCAGCAGACAACAUGUUUGCAGUGAAUAACCGGUCUCCAUCGCGAACUCGGACCCCACGUCUCUCCUGCGCGCACAGAAGAACCGGGUUCGGGAGGAGGUUUUGGCGCAGGUGCGCCGGGCACCGCAGUACGGGAGCCACCGGGGGAGCGGGGGCGGGAGGGCACUGUCCAGCGGAAGGACCGCGUCGACAACGCACUCCACACCGAGGGCCGGCGACUUCAUGCGGAAGUCCGCCUCCACACCGAGAAUGUGAAGAUGUUGAUUUAUGUAUUAUUUUCAACACAAAAGUCUAAGUCUUCACAGGCAUACUUCGUUCUGACUCAGUGGUGGAAAACCGCGAAACUCAAACUCUGUUAAGUACCCCUCCUGGAAGAUGAAAUAAACAAGAAGUCGGAAAGAACUGAUGAACCUACCACUCUACUCCCGUUCUGCAACUUUUCCCCAAAGCAAAGUUUAUCGACAAAAAAGCUUUUUUUUUCUUUUUAGCAAUUUGAAACUACUUCCUUGAGACAAAAUAAAGGACAACCGAUAUUGUGGUUAUUCUGUAGAAAUAAAUCAUUCACGUUAUUUGACAAGUUCUGUCUCUACUACUUUCGGCCUGCUUUCGCACUUGAAUUUCAUAACCUUGUACUUUUUAUUUUUGGCUAGAGGCUCGUGUCAUGAUCAUUUUCGGGAAGAGAUGUUGACUUCUGGAAGUAAACGAACUCGCGCCAGAACUACGCCCUCCUGGAAAAAGGAAAAGGUGUAGAGACCUCCAGAAUCAAUGCAUGUCAUGGAACUUUUUAGACACAAACGUCAUGUACAUCAUUUCAGUUGGAUCAAGUAGAGGAUGAU